AAAUGUAAGAAAAGCCCCAUUCACAAAUAGUACCACUUGAAGCUUCAUAUUCUGUAACCCAUCUCUAGUGUUUUUUUUAGGGCAUGAUCGAUAUUGAUACGAUGGAGACCCAGAAAAAGGCCGGUGAUGAUAAACAGCUCUGCAGAAGAAACCAUGGGAAAAAGUGGAAAUGCAAGGAUGUAAGUGGUGAUAAUCAUCUACAAUAUUGUGAAAAACAUUUCAAGUUUUACACAAAUUUUAUAGCAAAAAAUCCUUCUCUAACGAUUUCAAAGAGACGUAAUCCUCUUGAGUCUGAAACUCCGAAGAAGAAGAAGCAGAAGUUGAAUUCUGAUGAGGGUUGUUCUAUUAUCAUCCCUCCAGAUGAACAGCGUUGUUGUAGAACUGAUGGAGUAAAAUAGAGAUGCAAGAAUUUUAGGUUUAGUGGUAGUGAUACUACUUAUUGUGAAAAACAUUACAAUAUGAGUAAAAAGUAUGGGAAAAAUUAUCAGCUUAAGAAGACGAGGGGAGAUGAUGAAGGUGAUUCUAUACAAACUGGGGAUUCAAAUUGCUCGAGGCAAAUGGAAGAUGACCUCACAGGAAUUCAACCACCUGCUAACGAUACCAGCUCUGAUAGAAUUGUUGAAGGUGGUUCUGCCAAUACCGGGACGAAGAGGGAAAAAAUCAAAAGAAUGGAAUCGUCUAAAGAACCAAAAUCAUUGACUAGAAUUAGGGAACCUGUGGUUGGACUGGAGAGUUUGGAGCAUUAUAAGAGUAAGUGUUUUGAGUUGUCUGUGGAGCUUGAGAAGAAGAAAGUGGAGUGCACCGAACUCCAGGGUAAAUUGGCAGAGGUAGAAACUAGAAAGACUGCUGCUAAAGAUGAGAUUGAAAGGACACCUGAGGAUGCAACUGAACAUUGGAGGAAGAUGUAUUCCGAUUUGGAGAGUCGAGUCCUGAGAAUUGAGAAUCAAUUAGAGUCUCGUGUUUCGAAUUUGGAGAGCCUAGUCCUGAGAAAUGGGAAGGGAAGUUCAAUAUUGAGAUGUGUCGAAUUGCAUAAUGCUGAAAACAUGGAGGCCGAAGCACGGGGUUUACAGAAUGAAGUUACUCAAAGUGGUGAAAAGCAGAAAGAUAAAAACAGCAGGAGCAUACCUAAUGUUGAAAACAACAACGGAGGGGGGAAGGAUUCUCAUGUGUAUGAGUUGAAAACUGAAGAAAAGGUGCUUGUGUAUGACGUUGGCAUCAAUAAACAUCGUGAAUCAGAGUCUGAAUUUCCCAGAUACUCUGCUGUGAACAUGUCUUGUGGAAGUCUAGAUUUAUCAAGUAGGGGUGAAAAUAUUGAAGAAGGGAAGGGUUGGGGUUAUGUGGAGGAGAGACCAUCUCAACAUGGAUCAUUAUCUCAAGAUCAUUUAGAAAUGAGUCAGAAGCCUUUUGUGAACGUGGUCUCAUGUAGCGGUGGUGAAAGUUUUGGUGAAUCUUUUGCAGAAGAUUCUGAUAGCGACCUUAUGGACAUGAUGGCGAUGAAAUAUAGGACUAAGAACAAAGAUAGAGAAAUAAAAUGGAAAUUUGAGGCUGAUAUGCUUUCUUCAUUUGAGGAGGAUCCUGAGCUCUGUAUGAAAGCUGUUUGUGCUCUCUAUAGACAGCAAAUAUCUGAAGACGAAAUAUCAGCCAAUGGGUUGUUCCAUUACAGCGAUGCACUCAGUUGGAAUACGUUGGCUGUUCAAUGUUGCAAAAAUUUGAAAGCUUGUUGGCCGACAUUCAUAUAUUAUCUUUGUGCAAUUGCUUAAUCUAUUGCAUGGACUCUUUUCAUAUUUUGUUGCCGAAUUUGGUUUAUUAGGUUGUUUUCUUAUAUCACAACUUGCCAUAACAUAUAAAUGAUGCAAUUUCUCUAAUAUUUCAUAUUUGGCUUUACCUUAAAAGAACUAUCCUCUCAUUUUGGCAGUAAUUAGAGCAUUAUUACUUGCAUACCACAGUGUCUGAAGACUUACCUCUAUUCUUCAAAUCAAAUUGCAUGUCGAGGGGAAUGAUCAUUUCAUACAUUUUUUUCCUCAUAUCCCAGUCACAAUAUGCUAUCAUUACUGAAACCUAUGGUUGUAAAAUCCUCAAUAUAGUUAGUGCCUAGUGGGGAUAUAAGAUGAUCCUGCAUAUAACUUUAAAUGGCGUUGACACUACCUCGCUCAUAAAUAUGAAAUUUCAAUCUCUGUACUGACAGCGGACUUUGUAAAUCGAUUAUCGACAGAGUUGGGUGGCACAAGAAAAAAAAUGUGAUCGAUUUUACCGUAAUUGUGAGAUAAAGGAUUUGCUGGCUUCCCCAGAUUUCAUAUAUGUUGUUGUUAGUUGAACAGUGGGAGCAACAGAUUUUCUUGGUCAUGGCUGCACCUGCUCAGGGCAGGGAAAGCCAGCCAGCAAAAUUUACAGUUAUGUCGAGCAAUGAACAAAAUGGAAAUGAGGAGAAUUAACAGUAGUAUCUUCUCAUGGUCUUCUUUUCUUUUGAUAGAGUUCUCAUGGUUUCCCGUUUUCUAACUCAACAAGGGUACUACUUUGGGCAAGUUUCUAACGGAUGGAUCCUGCAAAGGUGGCCUAAAGAAGUCCGUGGAAGAGUUGGAGAUAAUCGACUCUAAAGCUGUUGAAGACUGCAAGAGGUUGGCUAGAAGCUACUCGAAGCAGUUAUUCAGUAUCUACCAAAACAGAAAAGAUCCUUUUUUCUUUCCUGCUACAACUGCUAGCCAUGGAGAUCAGACUGCUAAGCGAUAGAUUAUUGGUUCUGUAAGUGGCCUUCACUCUUUUCACCAGGCAAUGCAAUCAUGCAUCUCCUUUUAACCUCCUCAAAUGCUGUACGUAUAUAAAUUUGAAAACUGGUUAGUUUAUAUACCAAAUGAUACAUUGGAUGUGCAUUGAUUAUCCAAUAUAGUAAGUCAUAUUAUGGUAGCUGUGACUUCUGGUUGUUUUUGAUAGGAGAAAAAACAACCCUUGUUUAGCUCAAGUAACUGAUACUGAAAUGCGUAAAAUCUAAUUAUUAAAAUUAA